AUGGCAUCGACAAGUCACUCUGGCGUCAACUAUGGAGCCCAGGUGGGAAUCAAUUAUGGCACAUUCACGGCAGACUUCCAUCUGCCCCCGGGGCAAGGCCGACUGACUACUUUCCGCCUCCCCCUAGAGCGACCAGAAACCCCACCCAGCCCUUUAUCGACUGUUCCAUUCACGCGCGAUCCGGAUUUUGUCCGGCGCAACAAGCUGCUUCAAUGGAUCCACGAUAAAAGCUCGGUUCCGGGGUUGCGGAUCGCGCUUUUUGGCCUCGGCGGUGUGGGGAAAUCGCAACUUGCUAUCGAGUACUCCUAUCAAGUCCGAUCUGAGUCCCCGGCAACGUGGGUGUUGUGGGUUCAUGCGAGUAAUCAAGCCCGGCUCGAGCAAAGUUUUCGGGACAUCGCGGACCAGGUUAAAAUCCCGGGUCGUCAGGAUCCUAAAGUUAAUAUAUUCAGUCUUGUCGAGAGCCGGCUCCGGGAUGAGAAGAAAGGGAAAUGGAUUUGUAUCCUUGAUAAUGUUGAUGACGACAAGUUCCUUUGUUCGUUUCCGGCGACUGGCGAGGCAGAUCCCAUCAAAGGCCCAAUGAUCGCCUCGACAAAACCACUCCUGGAAUACAUUCCUAGAAGCCGCAAUGGAUUUACUAUUAUCACGAGUCGAACAAGAGAAGUUGCGUUGAGAAUGGUCGAUCAUAGGGACCUCAUUGAGGUUCAACCCAUGGAAAGUUCCGAGGCGCUGGAGCUUCUCCAAAAAAAGCUUGAAUAUCAAGGGGAAAUACAAGAGACUCAACAGCUGGUUAAUGCGUUAGAGUUUAUGCCGCUGGCAAUAGUACAGGCCGCUAGCUAUAUACGAAACCGGACACCUCGCUAUUCGGUAUCGCAAUACCUGCGAAGCAUUCAAGGAAGUGAUCGGGAUGCCACAAACCUUCUCAAAAAAGAGGCAGGUCACCUUUCCCGUGACUGGGAAGCAAAUAAUUCGAUUCUGGUGACGUGGCAAAUAUCCUUUGAUUAUAUACGGCAAACGAAGCCUUCUGCGGCGGAUUUACUUGCUCUCAUGAGUUUUUUCGAUCGACAAGGGAUACCAGAGAAUCUUCUUCGGCUUCACACUGGGCCUAAGUGCAAAUCGAGCCUAGAGCCUCUAAACGGCUCCAGUGAUGGGGAGACAUCGGAAUCUGAUAUGGGGCCUGAUUUUGAAGAUGAUAUCACAACACUGAGGGACUAUUCAUUUAUCUCUUGUAGCGAAGAAAGCACCUUCACAAUGCAUCGGCUAGUGCAACUGACUACGCGUGCAUGGUUAAAAGCCCAUGGACAAACAGACCAAUGGAGGGAUAAUUUUAUCAGCAAUUUAUGCGACGAGUUUCCCACCGGCCGAUACGAAGACUGGGAAAGGUGUCGACCCCUCUUCCCUCAUGUCAAAUCAGCAAUGUCACACCGUCCAAAAUCCUUUGAAUCUCUACGGCAAUGGGCUACUCUGCUUUAUAGAGGUGCAUGGUAUGCGUCACGGAGCGGUAAUAUCGUGGAUGCGAGAGAAAUGGCAUCACGAUCGGGAAAAGAAAGGGCGAUCCUAUUGGGCGAAGAGCAUGAGGAAUGUGUUGACAGUAUAUCUAUGGUGGCAAACAUAUGCUGGCUUGAAGGCAGAUGGCAACAGGCCGAGCAGCUCUUCAUGCAGGUUAUGGAGACCCGCAAAGCGAAGCUCGGCAAUAGUCACCUUGACACGCUGACGAGUAUCACUAAUCUAGCGGCGACAUAUCGAAAGCAGUGUCGGUGGGAGAAGGCGGAGCAGCUCCAGGUGCAGGUGAUGGCAACUUUCAAGACGAAAUUUGGUGAGGACGAUACCGAAACACUAUCGAGUAUGUCCAACUUGGCGGCGACGUAUCAAAACCAGGGCCUGUGGCAAAAUGCCGAGCUACUUCACACGAAGGUGUUAGAGACUCGCAAGCUAAAGCUCGGCGAAGACCAUCCCGAUACACUAUCGAGUAUGGCCAACCUAGUGUUGGCUUAUCACUACCAGAGCCGAUGGGAGGAGGCCGAGGUGCUUCAUGAGCAGGUGAUAGAGACCCGUAAGAUAAAGCUCGGCGAGAACCACCCCGACACUCUCACGAGCAUUCAUAACAUGGCGUCAACAUACUUGGACCAAGGCAGAUGGGCAGAGGCUGAGCUGCUAUUUAUCCGUGUCAUCAAUACUCGCAAGACGAUGCUCGGAAAAGACCAUCCGGACACGCUAACGAGCAUGGCGAAUCUAGCCUUGACAUACUCUUACCAGGACCGUUGGGAGGAAGCCGAAUUGCUUCACAUGCAGGUGCUGGAGAUUCGCAAGGCGAAGCUCGGCGAAGACCACUCCGACUCGUUGACGAGUGCAGGCAACCUAGCAUUGGUAUACUGGGAUCAGGGUCGCUGGGAAGAGGCUGAGCAACUUGAGGUGCAUGUGCUGGAGACAAGCAAGAAGGCACUCGGCGUGGACCAUCCUGACACGUUGACGAGGAUGGCUAAUCUAGCGUUGACGUUUUGGAACCAGGGUCGAUGGGAGGAGGCUGAGCAGCUUGAGGUGCAGGUGAUGGAUUUUCGCAAGACGAAGCUCGGCGAGGAUCAUCCCGACACGCUUACUAGUAUGGCCAAUCUCGCUUUCACCUGGAAAUCUUCCGGUCAUACAACUCGAGCCCUUCAUUUACUGCGAGAUUGCGUGACCAAGCAGAAGCAAAUGCUGGGGGGCAAUCACCAUCAAACCUUGUCUAAUUCCGAAACUUUGCUGGAAUGGGAAACGGAGGGGUUGAAUAUAAAAACAUAG